AUGGAGAAGAGAGGCAAAGCUUUGUUGAAUAUUAGUACGGUGCAUAGUAAAAAUCUGCCCGUCACUGUAUUGUGGGAUCCAGGUUCAGAUACUUCUUUAAUUACUCAUAGGAUGGCCAAGAAGUUAGGUUUGAGUGGGAAGGAUGUUAAUUUAUCUCUGGUCAAGGUAGGCAACACAAUUGAAUAUCAAUCAAGUAAAACAUACUGUGUACCAUUAACUGAUAAGAAUGGUAAAAUUUGGAAUGUGGAUGCUGUUGGGAUGAAUGAAAUAUCUUCCAAAGUUAAAAGGAUUGAUUUGUCCAGAUUACCUGAACUUUUUAUAAGAAUCUCGAACUUAGAAGUGGAUCUCCCAUAUGGGGAAAUUGAUAUGCUCAUCGGCACAGAUUGUUGUGAAAUACUGCCAAAGGUUGUUGAACACAAUGAGGGUAUUCAGUUACUGGAAAAUCAAUUCGGGUUCAGCAUUCGAGGUAGACAUGACAAGAUUACCAAUGGAUCCAAACAGCAGCAAUCAUAUAUUGUAAGAACUCAUAAACUGUCUAGACUCGUAGAUUUGAAGCAGAUUAACAUAGAGUCAACAGAUAGCUUAAAGACUAAAUUGGACAAAUUCUUUGCCAUGGAGGAAAUGGGAACAAAAUGUAAGCCACAGUGUAUAAAGUGUAUGUGUCGAGGAUGUCCUGAACCUAAUUGCAUAAGUUUAAAGGAAGAAAGAGAACUAGCAUUGAUUGAGGAAGGAUUGUUAUAUAAUGAGGAACAAAAAUGCUGGCUAGUAAAGUAUCCAUGGCUAAGGGAUCCAAUGCAUUUGAAAGAUAAUAUUAAAGUAGCUAAUGCUAGAUUAAAAACAACAGAGAAUAGAUUGAAGAAACUUGGCAAUGAAUAUGCCAUGAAGUAUCAGAGAGAGAUAGAAGAUAUGAUUGAUAGAGGAGUGGCGAGGAAAUUAAAUAAGGAAGAGAUACAAGAAUACAAGGGUCCAGUUCAUUAUAUUCAUCAUCAUGAAGUAUUGAAACCAGAAUCCAACUCAACUCCAAUACGCAUUGUCUUCAACUCUUCUGCGUCAUACAUGGGGCAGAAGUUAAAUGAUUUCUGGGCAAAGGGGCCAGAUAUCCUGAACAGCUUACUGGGAGUUUUGUUUAGGUUUAGACAGAAUAAUAUAGCUAUAGCAGGCGACAUAGCUAAGAUGUAUCAUACUGUCAAGCUCAGCCCAAUGGAUGAACAUACACACAGAUUUUUAUGGAGGGAUUUGGAUGACAAUAGACCACCUGAUCAGUAUGCUCUUACCACACAAAUUGCUUCCAUAUAUGAUCCAUUAGGGUUUGCUGUACCAGUAUUGCUCAAGGCGAAAAUUUUGAUGAGGCUCGUGAUUUCCAGAAGUGAAUCGAAAGAUGGCGGAAUCAAGUGGGAUGAUCCACUUGAUAUUUCCAUGGUUAAGGAAUGA